AUAACAAAUAACAUUAAUCAAUUAUAUGAAUAAUUAAUCGUUUAUGACGAUUCAAGCAAAGGUUGUAUUUCCUUGCCAUGUCAUUAUUUUUUAGAUAGGCUGAGCUGAAAAGAUGUCAGGAGAUUCAAAAGGAUAUAUAGCGGCAUUAGAUGUAGGAACAACAACAAUCAAAUGCCACAUUAUCAAUUCUUCAGCAAGAUCUAUUGGAUUUGCUUCGCAUUUAGUAAAAUUGCACUAUCCAAAUCCAGGAUGGGUUGAAAUUAUUCCUGAUGAAUUAUUUCAAAACAUUAUACAAGUUAUACAUCAAGCAAUAAAAAAUGCUAAUGUAAGCAUGCAUCAGAUAAAAUCACUUGGUAUUGCCACCCAAAGGUGUUCGUUUGUUACUUGGAAUAAAAAUACGGGUGAAUAUUUUCAUAAUUUUAUAACAUGGAUGGACCUAAGAGCAUCUCAAUUAAUAAACAAGAUGAAUACAUCUAUGUUUUUUUUGAGUUUAAGAUGGGCAGCAUUUUUGAUAUAUUUAGGAACAUGCAAUAAAAAAUAUGGAAUGGCUAGUAAGUUUCGAAUUAGAAAUAAUCAUGUCACUGGCCGACUUUUAUGGGUUUUGAAAAAUCUAAAACCAGUACAACAAGCUUUAAGAAACAAAAAUUUGAUGUUUGGAACAAUGGAUACUUGGUUAAUCUAUAAACUUACUGGAGGUCUAUCCUACGUUACCGAUGUCACUAAUGCAAGUUCAACAGGUUUCUAUGACCCUUUUACACUCGAUUGGGGUAUUGUUGCUAAAUCGCUUGGUAUUCCUACACACUUUUUGCCCAAAGUUGUAGCAAAUGAUUAUGAUUUUGGAGAAACCGAUGAAAGUAUACUUGGUGUGCCCAUUAGAAUUAAGUGUGUGAUGGCUGAUCAACAAUCGUCGGUAUUGGGUUCUGGUAGUUUUACGGAAGAUGAUUUGAAGUUAACUAUGGGAACAGGAGCAUUUUUGGAUAUUAAUACUUCUAACAGAAUUCAUCCUAGCUUGACAGGAAUGUAUCCUUUGGUUGGUUAUCAAUUGGAGAAAGAAUUAGUCUACAUUUCCGAAGUACCUUGUACAGAUGCCGGUUCUGUGAUACAAUGGUUGCUACAUUGUGGUUUUGUAGAUAAUCCGUUCAUUACAGCAGAAAUGGCGCGUAAAGUUGAAGAUACGAAGGGAGUGUUUUUUAUACCAGCAUUUAGUGGUUUAGGGCCUCCGAUUAACGACGAGCAAGCUGGUACAGGAUUUAUAGGUAUUAAACCUGUUACAAAAAAAGAACAUUUAGUUAGAGCUGUUCUUGAGAGUAUUGUUUACCAAAUAGUCAAGACUGUGGAUUUCUUAAAGAUUGAAAGGGUAGCAGACUAUUCAUCAAUUAAAGUUGAUGGAGGCUUGUCUAACAAUGAUUUUAUAUGUCAAUUAUUGGCUGAUCUUACUGGUCUAUGUAUAUUUCGGUUGUACACAUCAGAUAUAGCUGUAAUGGGUGUAGCUUUCGUCGCUGGAAUAUCUUGUGGAUUUUGGAAAGGAAAAGAAGAGUUUAAACAAUACUGUGAUAUUUCAAAAUCAUUCGAACCCUCAAGAGAUGCAAACUAUAUUAUAAAGUGUCGUAAUACAUACAGAAAUUGGUUGUUGGCUGUGGAUAGAUUUAAAUCGUGGUAUCAAACAGAUCAAUUUAAUCCUAUGGAAUAACAAAAGCUUAAAAUUGUUAUAAAUUCUGUAAUAUUGGAUCGUAAAUAAAAAAAUAUUAAUAACAUCCUGAUAUUUGCAAAAAAUCAUGUCCUGGUUUUUUUUUUUGGAUGAUUUCAAAUUUGAAAAAUAUUUUCGGCAGAAACUAUUAUGAAUGGACGAAGUUUUUCAAGAAAAACUGAUGGCUACAUUGAGAAUUUUAAAUAUCUCAUUUUUCUCACAAAACAUUUAUUUGUUAUUACUUAUUAUAUUAUUUUUUAUUACUUAUUAUAUUAUUUGUUAUUAUGUAAAAAUUAGAUUAUCUGGUGAUUUAAAAUUAUACUUUAAAAUAAUUUAAAUAAAUGGGUGAAAGAUA